UUGUAAGUCACUUGCAACCGGAAGACCAACCUCUAGCUGUAGCUACCUGGUGCGCGUCUUCUACCUUGACGCUCAGGUACACAGAUUUGGUCGAAAACUUUGUUGAAACUGGCGUUUUUGGGCGAAAUUCAUACACGAAACGUUCGAAAUGGAUUACAAUAAAUAAAUGUGUACCAUAAAGUGGAGAACCUAGCAGUAAUUCGGGAGACGGCUGGUGGACGCACCGUGUAAACUGUGAGUAAUGUUAGUCAAUCAUGUCUGCUGGCACCUCCAGCAGCCUUACGCAUGGUUCAGGACGUGGCGCAGGCCACAGGCUUGGACCCAGCCGGAGCAACAGCCAGGGGUCAUCCUAUGAAGAGCGUUGUGUGGACCCAGUUGAAGACAGAGCACGAAACUCAGAGACAAAAGGAGUCCACAAAGCUGACCUGAAGGAUGCUAAUGGCAGACAGUAUGAGACCAUUGGCUUCAUUCCUGGCUCAGCUGAGCCAUCCACUGCAACCCAAACCUGCAAUCCAUGCGCUUCUCCAGGAAGCUGUAGGACUUUUAUAUGUAGCAUACUUACUUGCGGCCUGUACAGGGUCUGCCAGAACUCCAUCCUCGCUCCAUGCCUGGCACCGAAGGAGAGUUCACCAGAUGAACCAGAGAGGUUGAGUCUCCAAGCUAUGAACUCAAGAGACAACAAAGAAGAGUACACUGCAGAAGAACCCUGGCUGGAGGAUCUCCACAUUGCUGGAGUCAAAGUGGACAGCGCGAUAGAGUAUUUAGGUGCUAAAACCAAUCUUUCCACUUUGCCAUACGUGCCACCUCCUGGUGUUCAGACACUACCGAGCCACCAGUCCCUGCAUGAGUCUAUAAGGAUUGAUGACUGGGAGGAUGGGGAGGAGGAUGUGGACUCCCUGAUUACUAAGAAGCUGCUGGAGCUCUACUCUGAAUAUCAAAUUGAAGAACUGGCCCGGUGCACCUCUGACUCGGUGUUCCUUAAAAAGAGCAAGGCCAUCAACCAGCUCAUCAACUCACUGGCUGAGGAGCAUAAAAUGGAUGAGCAGGAGGCCGAGUGUCGGCUGGUGCGUGGAAUCAUCCGCAUUAGCACUCGGAAGAGUACGAAGAAGAGGCCACACAUCUCCAGGAAUGAGAGGACACUGUCGGACAGCGGAAACGAGACGAUGAGGGAGAGCGAGUCCUUUUCAGUGAGCAACAACAAUGACUACAAAUCAAAUCCCAAUAUCCAAAUAUCAGAUUUGACCUCCUCUGAUCAGUGUGCCAGGGAGAUUUGGCGGAACAAUGGAGGUCACACUUCUAGUUCCCCGACAUCAUACUCCACUUCACACACAGAGACAAAUUCUUCAGGUGUCCCGCUGAUCCGCACCUAUGUGAGAACAUGAUUCACUCACCACAUUUUUCUUUAUUUGUCAAACUGUGUCCAAAAGGUGACAUACGGGACGUCGAAAGGAGACCCUACUUGCACACAAGUGCCUGGCUGAGCCAAGCUGUUUGCAGAGACCGUGGCUUUGCUGUGGCAAAAAAGGAAAAUGUGAAGUUUCACAUUGUCGGAAGGACUUCAGUGAACUCAGGGCUCUGUGUGUAGAUAUUUCUGGUUCAUAAAUGUUAUGUUUGUGUUUGAAGGAUUGCUUAAUGGGGAGCUUGCCCUGCAGGCAGACGUCAUCAGCAGCUCUUAGGUGUUGUAUCAUACAUGUUGUAUAACCGUCCCCUCGUCCUUGAAGGAGUUAGGAUCCUAAGAGCUCGCUCUCAUUUUACUCUUAGAUUUAAAGUUUGUCGUUGGUGUUUCUGUUGUUUUGCACAUUUCACAUGCCUUCAUUAUCAUUGAUUUGAUUUGAUGAGUAUAUUUUUGCUUUCAGUUUUGUGGUUAUGUCGCAAAUAUAUAGUUAAUGAGUCUACAUAAUGUUCUGAUAGUUUCCAGAAUUUGAAUAAUUUCAGAUUGGCUAAGGGAAGCACCUGGUUGGUGUCACUGCAUACUUUCUAUGUAGAGGAAAAGUAGAGUUUUCAUUGUAACUGUAUUGUGUUUCGUUAAGUCCAAUUGGAAAUACAAGUUGAAGGCUGCAAAAAAAAAAGCCUUCACCUGUCUUUUUUUUAAUAUUUCAUAUCAUUAGUUAAUAUUCAGACAACAUGGAAUGUGUUUUUUGUUUUGUUUUUUUCAGAUCAGUUUAUUAUUUGUUUCAAAACAUGAAGUUUAUACCAAGCUGAUAACUCAGAAGCUCAUAUCUUAACUGUGUGUUGGAUACAUUUUGAUUGUGACUGUUUUACCGUUUGCUUUCAAUUAUCAAAUAUUAUAUGAGCCAGCGUGAUCUGCAGCUACACUUUAGGUUGUAUCGUGUGCCGUAACUUAUUAGCGAUGUUUAUCCCAAGCUGACUCAUGAAGUGAAGGUGUGUUUUCAUGACAACAAAUGUAAUGGCUGUAUUUACCCCCGGGUCCUGACGGGGAUUUUCCCAGCUGAGUCACUGAGUCCAUUUUUUUUUUUUCCCUUUAGCAUUAUCAGUUUAUGGUUACAGUUGUUAAGGAACAUAACUGUAGUAAUUUAAUACAAAUGGUAAACUAGUUCACGUAUUCCACACAAUGUGUCACCCACGAUCUGUUUUACUUGCAUGUGUAAAGAAUAACAAUUUUUUGUAGUCUUUCUGUAAAAUCUACCAGAAUACUUGAGGUUUUUGUAGAGCCCAACCCCAGCAUGGUUAGAAUGGAAUGAUGGGAAACUUGUUCUGGUUUGGACCAUGAAGGCCAAAAUUUAGAAGAAGUAAUGAAUUGCUGACUAUAUCUAUCGAACUAUACUUCUUACUUUACUGAAAGGGUUGAAUUGUCUGGUGAAGCCUUUUGCAUUUUGUUGCUAAUGACACAUUAUAGCUGUAGCAGAUCGAAUGUUUGGGUGUUUCUCUUUGUUUUGUUUUUUUGUUUUUCAGCAGAAAUAUGUUGUAUCAGGAACUAAUUUCUGAUAUCAGAUGUGUCUUUUUUAAUAAACCAAUAAAGAUUAUGAAGUGGAACAAAAACAG